AGCUAAAAGAGAAUAAAAUUGGAAAGGAGUAGAAAACAUUCAUAUUUAUUUAAUGGUUAAAAUUCAUGAAAGCUAUGAUAAGGUGAACAGAGUGUGGGGCACUCCAGUCCCGAUCAUUCAACUACUCCCCAUUCAGAGAGAUGGACAAGUUUCCGGCGUUUCUUCUUCUUCCAUUUCUUUGUUUCUUCCACUCUUUGUUUCUUUCCGACGCCGAUGUUACCGGAAAUUCGUCCGAUCCUGGCCUAACUCUCUCCGCCGAGUCUCUCUGCGCCCAGCUUAUCGAGCCCAAUGGUUAUUUCUGCACCGAACACACUGUUCAAACUAAGGAUGGCUAUUUAUUAGCUCUCCAACGCAUCUCAUCUCCUUCUGGGGAUCUUAAAGUUCAGCAAGGUCAUCCUGUUCUGCUUCAGCAUGGAUUAUUCAUGGCAGGUGAUGCAUGGUUUUUGGAUUCCACUGAACAGUCGUUGGGCUUCAUCCUUGCAGACCAGGGUUUUGAUGUAUGGGUUGGAAAUGUUCGUGGAACACGUUGGAGCCAUGGACACAUAUCUUUAUUAGAUACAGACAAGGAAUUUUGGGAGUGGAGUUGGCAGGAAUUAGCUUUGUAUGAUCUUGCAGAAAUGUUGCACUACAUACACGCAAUUACCAGCUCCAAAAUCUUUAUUGUUGGACAUUCACAGGGCACAAUAAUGUCUUUGGCUGCUCUCACUCAGCCAGACAUAGUGGAAAUGGUUGAAGCUGCUGCUCUUUUGUCUCCAAUAUCUUAUUUAGAACAUGUCAGUGCUCCACUUGUACUUAGAAUGGUCGCAAUGCAUCUGGAUCAGAUGGUUCUUGCUUUGGGGUUACAUCAAUUGAAUUUCAGAAGCGAUGUGUUGGUUAACCUUGUGGAUUCUUUAUGUGAUGACCACGUGGAUUGUACUGAUUUUCUAAGUUCUAUAACAGGGCAAAAUUGCUGCUUUAAUAAAACUCGCAUGAACUUCUAUCUGGAAUAUGAGCCACACCCAUCAUCGGUGAAGAAUUUACGCCAUCUUUUCCAGAUGAUCCGUCAGGGUACAUUUUCCCAGUAUGAUUAUGGAAUCCUGAAAAACUUACUGAUAUAUGGACAGUUUAAACCGCCAGCAUUUGAUCUUAGCAGCAUACCAAAGUCAUUACCAAUGUGGAUGAGUUUUGGAGGGAAUGAUGCCUUAGCAGAUGCAACGGAUGUGCAGCGCACUCUUGAGGAAUUAUCGUCAAAACCAGAGUUGCUUUAUCUCGAUAACUAUGGUCACAUAGACUUCCUUUUGAGCGUACAAGCAAAUAGAGACAUAUAUGACCAUAUGAUCGGGUUUUUCAGGUCGUUGGAAAAGUCAAGCAGUUAUUAAAGACUCUGACUGCUUUCUAUGUUCUGUCAUAUAACCUAUAGGCUAUAGUAUUCAAUUGUACUUAACUAAUUGCUUGUGUGCGUGUAUAUUGUAAAGUUGACCCCUAUUUCCUCUCAUAUUACUUCAUGAUCAAUAAGAUUUAAGAAAGAUGGUUUAUUA